AUGCCGGAAGACACUCCAGCCGUGGUGCCGGACAACGAAACUGCGACCACGACUCCUCAGGUGCAGCGCGGCGCUCGAUUCUGGGGCGUCUUCGCUGCCCUCUGUGUUCUGGCAUUCAUCUCGGCCCUAGAUGUCUCCAUCAUAGCCACGGCGCUGCCCAAGAUUACCGCCGACAUAGGCGGCGGUUCCCAGUUUGUCUGGAUCGCCAACUGCUUCGUCAUCUCCUCUACUGUCCUCCAGCCUCUCUUCGGUCAGAUCGCCGACAUCUUCGGCCGACGAUACCCUCUAGCUUUCUCCAUUCUCGUCUUCGCCCUAGGCAGUGGCAUCGGUGGCGGUUCCCACAAUGUUGGCAUGCUGAUCGCGGGCCGCACCGUCCAGGGCGUGGGUGCUGGCGGCAUCUAUGUCCUCAUCGACAUUGUAUGCUGCGAUCUGGUGCCCCUUCGCGAGCGAGGCAAAUACUUGGGCUUGAUGUUCUCCGGAGCCGGAGUUGCCGCUGCUCUUGGCCCGCCCGUCGGUGGUGCCCUCGCUGAGGCGGACUGGCGUUGGAUCUUCUGGAUGAAUCUGCCCAUCUGCGGCCUUGCCCUGGCUCUGCUUCUCGUCUUCCUGAAGCCCAGAUCACGGUCCACGGAUGUACCUUGGACCACAGCCGUGAAGGAACAGGUAGACUACGUGGGAGCCUUGCUUCUUAUCCCUAGCCUUUUCGCCGUCUUGUUCGGCUUGAUCAUGGGAGGAAUACAAUACCCGUGGUCCUCCUGGCGUGUCAUCCAUUUCUUUGCAACACACCCGAGUGUGCCGUCUCGCCUGUUUGCAAACCGAACCUCGGCCACAGCGUUUGCCUUGACGUUCCUCUCAUCGAUCCUCAUCCAGGCCACUACAUAUCUGAUACCUGUCUACUUUCAAGGCGUGCUUAACACGACCGUCUUACAAUCCGGCACAUACUUUCUGCCUUAUGCAAUGGGCGCGCUCUUCUCAGCAGUUCUCGGCGGCGCUUUGCUGAACAAGUUCGGUGCAUAUCGUCCAGUCCAUGCUGCCGCCUUCGCCGUUUCCGCUGUUGCAUUCGGGCUUUUCACCUUGCUUGAGUCUGGAACCAAGACGGUGGCAUGGGCCUUCUUCCAGCUCAUCGCUGCGGCUGGAACAGGCAUCACCAUGUCUACCAUGCUGCCUGCUAUCAUGGCAGGCUUGCCUGAAUCCGAUGUUGCCCUGUCAUCGGCCGCUUACAGUUUCGUCCGCAACUUUGGUCUCAUCUGGGGUAUUACGGUCCCCGGCAUCAUCUUCAGCUCGGUUGUUGAUAUGAAUCUGCACCGCAUCUCGGAUGCACAUCUGCAGGAUUCGCUCCAUGGUGGAGGCGCGUAUUCAUUUGCCAGCCAAGCCCACGUGCUCCAAGAUGAAUACUCCAAAGACGUCUGGGAUCAGGUGAAUGACGUUUACGCGAGAGCUCUACGAGCGGUAUGGUGGUUUGCAAUAUGUAUAAGCAUCUUAAGUUUCCUUGCCGUUGCGGGCGAGGAGGGCUUGGAGCUCCGGACCGAGCUGGAAACGGAAUUCGGCAUCGACGAGGAGAAGGAGCCUCACGGUUCAGCUUCUAGCCGAGAGAAUGCCCAGGCCAAGUAG